UUCAUCCAGGAAGUGCUUGCUCACAUGAGUUUUUGUGUAUAUGUCGAACUGCUGCUGUGACUGGUUGCUAUGCUGUACACAUAUUCAGAGUAAACGAAACAUAGAUAACAUUAUCCGAUUAUGCAUUUAGUAACUGUUUAUGUCUACAGAAAUAUUGCAUAAAGAAAAUGAAAGUAGUUGCGUUGAUAAGUGGGGGCAAAGACAGCUGUUAUAACAUGAUGCAAUGUGUUGCUGCUGGGCACCAGAUAGUAGCGCUGGCCAACCUGCGUCCUGCUAACAAGGAUGAGUUGGACAGCUACAUGUAUCAGACGGUGGGGCACCAGGCCAUAGACCUGUAUGCUGAGGCUAUGGAUCUGCCCCUGUACCGACGCACCAUCCAGGGCUCCAGCCUCAACACUGGGAGAGACUACAGCCAGACAGAGGGAGAUGAAGUGGAAGACCUCUACCACCUACUGAACAUGGUUCAGGAAAAGGAAGAUGUCGAGGCGGUGUCUGUAGGGGCCAUUCUUUCAGACUACCAAAGAGUACGAGUGGAAAAUGUGUGUGUGCGACUGGGUCUGCAGCCCCUGGCCUACCUGUGGCGCCGUGACCAGGCAACCCUGCUCUCCGAGAUGAUAUCAUGUGACCUCCACGCCCUCCUCAUCAAAGUGGCCGCCUUCGGGCUGGAUCCUGAGAAACACUUGGGGAAACCUCUGGCUGACAUGGAGCCCUAUCUAACUCAGCUUUCUGAGAAGUAUGGAGUCCAUGUCUGUGGAGAAGGGGGCGAGUACGAGACAUUUACUCUCGAUUGUCCUCUGUUCAAGAAGAGACUUGUUAUUGAUGCUAUGGAGACAGUGAUCCACUCUGCAGAUGCCUUUGCUCCGGUUGGCUACCUGCACUUCAGCAUGAUGCACACAGAGGACAAGGUGAAUGGCCCGAUGGCGAGUGCUUUGCCCCUCGGUAGUUGUCCUUGCCAGAGUGUCAUUGAAAAGAUGACUGAGGAGGCUGAUCAAGCUGAAGACAUCCAGGAAGAAUUUACAUCAAAUGGUGACCUUAGUUGUCAUCGGGGCCGUGACUUCCCGUCCUGCUCACCUAAAAGCUCCAGGGGCUACCAGUGGAUCUCAGGCAUCACCGGGCUUCACAGCCCAGACCCAGGGAUCCAGAGUCAGACCAAUACAGCAUUCACUCUGCUACAAGCUGAGCUGGAGAGGAGAGGCUGGCAGCUGAAGCAUAUUGUUCUGGUUCACCUGUAUGUGAGGAACAUGGAGGACUUCAUUUCACUCAACAAAGUCUACACCACCCACUUUGGCGUAAACCCCCCUGCCAGGGUGUGUGUCCAGGCACCUCUACCUGCCGGUCAGCUCCUCCAGAUGGACUGUCUGCUCCACGACUGGCCCCCGGAGCCACAGGAGGCCCAGCAGGAGGCUACCUUUCACCACAGAGAGGCUCUUCAUGUCCAGAGCCUGUCCCACUGGGCUCCCGCCAACAUCGGGCCCUACAGCCAGGCCCUCAGGGUGGAUGAGGCAGUGUUCUGUGCAGGCCAGAUCGCCCUGGUGCCUUGUACCAUGCAGCUGGUGAGGGCUGGAGCAAGGACCCAGGCCUGCCUGUCCUUCAGCCACAUAGAGAAGGUUCUGGAAGCAGUGAUCAGCAGCCUUACCCUGGGCCAUGUGCUGCAGGCCCACUGCUACGCCACCCGCAGCCAAGACAUCCCUGUCAUCAGAGCAGUCUGGGACGGCAAGCUGAGGGCCGCACAAGAGAAGGAGGAAUCAUUCGGGGAGCAAGAGAUUCAGAGUGGACCCUUGGUGGUUACCGUGGUCCCUGCCUUACCCAGGGGAGCGGCUGUGGAACUGCACGUCAUUGCUGCCCACGACGACCCCAGACACAGGACUUCCUGUCACAUGACUACUGAGGUGGCGUGUGGAACCAUAGAAUGUCAUGCCAUGCUGUCCAGCGAUAGCCAGUGUGCCACUGUAUCCUUGGCACUGAUGGUGCCCAGCUCUGCACCAGCUGUCUCAGGGGUGGAAGGGGAGAUACUGGGGGCACUGGUUGCUACCCUUCAGAGUGCCAUGCAGAAGAUUGGUGGUGGCGGGAUCUCUCCACUGUGUGCCAGGGUGUUCUACAAGUGUAACAGUGCUCUGGCUGGACAGCUUGUAACAGGACUUGAGGAAUGUUUGAGGACCACUCUAGGCCAGGCCAGCCCAUCUGUGGCCUUUGCUCCAGUCCUAGACUUGCCUGACUUUGCUGUCCUCCACCUGUCCUGCUGGCUCAGUCUGUAGAGAGUGAGACCUAUCUGGACAAGAGAAACCACUCUCCCCCAUCCACUGCACAGAACUACAACUCUAGAAGAAUGCUAAAGGAGGAACCAUGAUCCACCCAGAGAGGGACUUGAAUGUUCCUAGAGACCACUUAUAUUACAGACUUCAUUUGGACACACACCAACCCUUUGCUUGAUGGCCUUACUAUUUGUUAUUGACGUGCAUGUUUCUGUACAUAUAUGUAUAAUUGCGUACAUAUGAGUAUUAGAGGCUUACUUAAGACACUAGGCUAGUAAUCCACUGUAUCCUUCAAACAAGGCUUCCAACAGCUGUCACUCUGAAACAGAGAGCAUUUAUGAGACAGAUCUAAUGUACAGUACAGUACAGGACAGUACAGCCCAAAUGCCACAGCACCAGAGAGCUGCAGUCAGUGUAUCCCAGACCACGAGCUAAUAGCUACUAUAUAUCCCUGCAUCUUCCACUGUUAUCAAUAGAUUCACACUUAGCAAGCUAACACCCCUAAUAAAAUCCUAGGUUGUAGAAAAGCUAUACAUUGAUUUGUUUUUAGGGUGUUAUGCAUUGUUUGUGUCUGCCUGGUGUUUGGCACGGCCAGAGACUGGUUAUUACAAUAAGCAAUCAGAACCAAGCACCUGGAAAGAUUAAGCCUCUUUAUGUUGCCCAUUGAUUCUAACACAGUGUGGUUUAUAGGAGAGGGUCGUUCCUCUAGCCUACACACAGCUGCAGGGCUGGAGUCCACACAAAGAGAGCGGAAGAGUGUGUGUGGGUAUGCACUAUAUAUAGUGUGUGUGUUUGUGCGUGCGUGCGGGGUGUGAAGAAAACAACACCAUUAACUAUUGCUCCUGGAACAUUUAUUUUCUCAAACAUUAUGAACCGUAUUGAUGAGCUCAAUUGGAAUGCAUCUUUACUCAGGCUCUAUCCUCUCCAUUGUGCUGGUGAUGGAGGGAGCAGAGUGGGCUAUUGAUCUCAACCAUCUAUCUGUUGUUUUCAUUGCUCUUAUCAAAAAUUUAACAAUAGAGGCAACCAACAGUGCCUGAAGAUUUUAUUGAAGGUUAAAAAAAAAACAGACAAGCAAUUAUCUAUGAGGCUGAGCAAAAUAACGCAUAAUACAUGUUAAGAUUCACCAUGUAGGUUUAGUCUACCUAAAGGAAACGCAAGGGCACAUAUGGAAUAUACCUUGAGAGGGAAAAUCAUGUAUAAAACAGCAGCACCGCUCAAUUUAACAAUGUGUAUAAGUUCCUUAUUAAAAUGCUGAACACAU